CAUCUCGGGUGAGCUUAUUAUUCAUAGUAGAAAGUUUGAACUUGGAGAGAGAGGGGACAAUGAAAAACCCUAUAACCUGUGCACUUUAGAAAGGUGGACCUUUCUCCUUCAGGGGCAAACUGAAUAUCAAGAGGUGCUGGAGCUCCGGAUGAAAUGCUCUACAUAUGGUCUUCUAUGUUGAAUGAAUUGAGGAACCUUUUGACUGAAUCCUGUGUUCUUAAUGCAGACUUUUCAAUCUUCUGCAGGAUUUAAAUCACAAUCAUAUUGGUUUUGACAACAUAUUGAGAGUCGCUUUAACACGCUGUGAUCGCUCCUGUCACGUAGAGCUGGACGAUUAGUGGAAUUUAUUAACUGAUUAAUUUGUCACUCUGAGUAUGUUCAAAGCCUACUGCAGUCUUACCAGUUGAAAUACUUGCAUGACUUUGGCGUUUUUUAAUGGGGAAAUUUAUCAGUCUUUUGAUGUAUAUAUUGGUUUAGGAACGAAUUUUGCUAAAUGUACUUAGGAAAAAAAAAACUACCUUAACCUCCAAAUCUGAGAAUACCAAGUGAGCAACCUGCAAAUAUUGAGCUAGCAAGGGUUAAAACUGAAGUCAAUUGUUUCAUUUUCAAUACAUCUUAAUGCAUAUAAUAAUACCAAAAAAGUAGAACUGGGAUGGUAGUGGUGGACGGUAACCCUCUGUUUUCCUGUAGCUUUACUGUGAUGAACUUUGUCGAAUUUUUUAUAGUCCCGAAAUGGUCAAGUUAUGAGAGGUAUCUACUUUCUAUUGAGUUUUUAUUCUAAUACGUCAGUCGUGAGCAGAUGAAGCAGUGUUACUGUUAUAUUAAGGUAAUCGACCUAUGAAACAGUUUGUCUGCAGGAUUAGAGAAGCAGUAACAUUGAAGGAGUUUAAGAGGAAAUUGGGUUUGUUACAGAAUGAGGAAGAACUGGAAGAGAUUCAAAUGGUCACACAGCUGAUUGAGAAGGCCCAACUUGUGAGGCAGAAAGGAAAACCCAAGGUUCCAAAGUGUAAAGUUAUGCAUUCAGAACAAGUCAGAAGUCGCGAAGAAGCCGUAAGGAGUGAUAAAAGUCGGUACUCUUCAGCUCAAAGAAAGGAUGUUGUGAAGGGCAGUGGAGAAACUUCUAAAUGUAGGGACGUUUUUCAAGGUAGACCAAAUCCAUCCCAUCCUGCUUUUAGAAGCAGUGAGCACCAAAAGAGAAUGGAUGGAAAGUUGAAACAAAAAUCUUCAUCUUUGUCACCUACGUCCAGUGGUGAAAUUGGUGUGAUCUCCAAAACCGAACUACUCCAGUUGCAGAGAAUAGCAAGACUUAAGCCAGAAGAAGUUGAGGAGAACAACAGAGAGUUCUGUAUAGAAGCUCCAUCACAGAACGUAAUGAGGAACGCAGAACUGGAGAAAACAGAGAGACGAGUAAAAUCUCUCCAUGGUACAGCUGGAGAAGCUCCCACAUCUCAGCUUUCAGUUGUUGAUCCCUUGUCAGUGCUUCAGGUUCCCAAGAACUUUCAGCAAGCUGUGGAAAGGAAUAGAAGAGCUCGUCAACAGCUUCAAAAGGCAGUAGAUACUUCGGAAAACCCUCAAAAUGAAUUUCUGAAGAAAUUACUAAAUGCAUUAAUAGAAGAAUGUCGUGGAGCAAUGAAAGACAAGGAAGACUUUUCUACUUCAGAGGAUGCAUUCAGUGACAAGCGAAAACUUUUCACUACAAAUGAUCAGGAGAGGAAAGACAAUUUUUAUCAACAAACACCAAUUUGGUUGUGGAAUCCUCAUUUGGAUUUUCCUGGACUGUGGGCCAUGCCAGAUGUUUUAACGUAUGUUUCACAGAGGGAGCUGCAAGAACUAUCUUCUCUUCUGUGGGAGAUCCAAUGGACUCGGACGAUGUUAGAGUUACACAAGACAUUAAAAGAUGAAGCCAUAUUAAUACUGGAGAAAAUGGAUGUAAAUGAUCCGGAGUUUUCCUCAGUAUUCUGCCAUCUGUACAGUCUACUUGGUCAUUGUGGAGAAAAAUUCCCAGCUUUGUUAUCUGCCCAACAGCAGUGUACAUAAAAAUGUGUGUGGAUUUCUCACGAUGCUGCUAUAUAUAUAUUUUUUUGUAGAUAUUAGAAUUGACACGUGAUUUAUGAAGUAAACAGUAGUUAAAAAUACUAGACAUUGAUAAGAUUAUAAUAUUUUCAAAAUUCUUUAAUGUUAGCCACCGUACUCAAAGAAUGCUUCUUUAUUUCAGUGAGUUAUUUUUUUAUUUAUAAAAUGAUGAUAUCAUGAGAAUGUCUUGUAAACAACGUUUAAAAUAUUCUUCAUGAAUGUUUAUUUCAGACUGUUCCAUAACCAUAACCAGAGAUAAUUACAUAUAGUUUAGGUUACAUGUAAUAAAUUAUGGGUACAGUCUAAACAUAAUUUUUUCUUUUGUUGUAAACCUACUCAUGAAACACUGAGCAGUUGGUAUUGUAUAUAAAUGUCCAUUACUAUACGAUCAUACUAUUUUUAUUAUCAGUAAAAGAAACCUGAAAAUUGUUUAAUUUUAGUCUCAUACAGUGACUACACUUAAUGAUCAGAUAGCAAGGCAUAAUGUGUUAAAAUUACCAAGUAACACUAUAUAU